AUGGGUCAGGGACGUCGCAUGAAGAGAAAGCAGGGCAUGCCCGAUGCCCUGUCCGAGGAGCACUUUGCCAACCUCAAGCGAAGGGCAGGAUUGCCCGUUGAGCCGCCGGUCGAGAAAGCGUCGCUGAGCAAUAAGAAGCGCAAAACCGCCAAGGGCGCCGCCGUAGCGAAGAAGCCGGAGCCUGCGCCCAAGAAGGCCAGUGCGAAGAAGAGCAAUGGAAAGGCCAAGAAACUGCCGGUGCAGGAGCAGGAUUCUGACGACGAAGAGAUGGGUGACGAGUUUGAUCUAGACCAGUUAGAGGACGAUGGGUCCUCUGAUGAAGACGUUUCUUCAGGAGGAAAGAAGAAGAAUAUUUGGUCAGAUGAUGAGAAUGAUAGUGACGAUGCGGAAGAGGACGACUCAGUAUUUGAUUCGGACGACCAGGAAGAGGGCGGCAAGAAGGGCAAAUUCGUCUUCUCCGACGACGAAGACGAGUCUGAUGCCGAGGAAAAGCUCACUGCCGCCAACAUUGCAGGUCUCUCACGGAGACUAGACAAGAAGCUCGCCGAGGACAAGGCAAUUACCGAGACUGAGAUGCAAGAGUCUGCGAUGCAGACGAACAUUGAUGGACCUAAAAUCUUUGGCGAGGAGGAUGAUGAUGAGGACGACGAGUUGACGGAUAAGAGCAAGUCUUUGCUGGCACCAGAUCUACAGCUGCUGAGACAGAGGAUAACGGAUACCAUACGGGUGCUGGAUGACUUUGCCAACUUGGCGGAGGAGGGAAGAUCUAGAGCAGAGUAUACUGCUCAGCUGCUCAAGGAUAUCUGUGCUUACUACGGCUACAGCCCCUACCUGGCUGAGAAGCUCUUCAACCUCUUCACCCCGCGUGAAGCCUUCGCCUUCUUCGAGGCCAACGAGAUGCCCCGUCCCGUCGUCAUCCGAACGAAUACCCUGCGGACGCACCGAAGAGAUCUCGCCCAGGCGCUGAUCAACCGUGGUGUCACGCUUGAGCCCGUGGGCAAGUGGAGCAAAGUCGGCCUGCAGAUUUUCGAGGCCAAUGUUCCUCUGGGUGCUACGCCCGAGUAUCUUGCUGGUCAUUAUAUUAUCCAGGCGGCUGCGUCUUUCUUGCCCGUUAUGGCGCUUUCACCUCAACCGAACGAGCGAGUUCUUGAUAUGGCCUCCGCUCCUGGUGGAAAGACCACUUACUGCUCAGCUAUGAUGAAUAACACUGGCAUCGUCUUCGCUAACGAUCCUAACAAGGAGCGUGCCAAGGGUUUGAUUGGUAACGUUGCUCGUUUGGGAGUCCGUAACGUCAUCGUCUGUAGCUACGAUGGUCGUGAGUUCCCCCGAGUUAUGGGAGGAUUCGAUAGAGUACUUCUCGACGCCCCCUGUUCUGGAACUGGCGUUAUCUCAAAAGACCCUAGCGUCAAGACCAACAAGGAUGAGAAGGAUUUCAUUUCACUGCCUCACAUGCAGAAGCAGCUGUUAUUAUCUGCGAUUGACUCAGUCAACCAUGCUAGUGAGACUGGUGGUUUCCUUGUUUACUCUACAUGCAGUGUUACUGUUGAGGAAAACGAGAGUGUUGUUGCCUACGCCUUGUCUCGUCGUCCCAACGUAAAGCUGGUCGACGCUGGCAUUCCCUUUGGCAAGGAGGGCUUCACCAGCUACAUGGGCAAGAAGUUCCACCCCAGUCUCAAGCUCACCCGCCGAUUCUACCCCCAUGCCCACAACAUUGACGGUUUCUACGUCGCCAAGUUCCAGAAGAUUGGCCCCACGCCGCCCAAUGCCAUUGGUGCUGCCGGUAAGAAGAACGGCAACGCCGCUGCUUCUGGCGAUGAGGAGGUCAUCGACAAGACACCCAUCACAACCGAUGAGGACACCGAGAUGGAAGACAAGUCUACUAAGAAGAAGAGCAAGGGCAAGACUGGCACCGAAAAAUCUGACUUUAGCGCAUUCGACGAGGAGGAAGAUGUCAAGUACAUGGAGAAGGCUAAGAAGAACGCCAUGAGGAGGAGAGGUCUGGAUCCGAAGUCUUUGAAAAAGCCCAAGUCUCAGGAGAAGAAAUGA